GACACACGAGUUCGAGCCAAGGUCGUUAACAGACGUAGCACGGUGCAAUGUCCAAGGUUGCGACUCGCUUGCGAAGUUUGAGUGUCUUAAUUCAAAGCAGUAUUAGUGAGACAGUGCAUGACUCUGCUCUGCAGUGAGAUUGGUACCUCUUAGACGGUUGCUCAGUGGGUGUGUUGUCUUCGAGCCCUUGGAAUAACUUCUACCUUGAUUAUGGAGAUCAAAGGGGACGUUCCCAACUAUUGGAGACAACACGAACAUAAAGGCAUCAUGUAUCCCAACGUCGUCCUAGACUCCAGUAUUGAACGACUUAAGUCCUUUCAAGUGCGAGACGAUGACAUCUGGAUUCUGACUUACCCCAAAGCCGGUACACAUUGGAUGAUGGAGAUUAUUGGCCUUAUCCUCAGCGGUGGUGACCCAGACAAAAUAGACCGAUCUCUAUACUGCAACACUGUAGAGAUGAUCAACUUAGAUCAAUAUUUUCCUCAAACCAAGGAAGAAGAGAAACUCCACCCUCUUGAUAUGUCCCCGUUCUUAGACGUUAUCGAGAGGGCGCCCUCUCCAAGAGCCAUGCUCACGCAUCUGCAGUAUGAUCUUUUACCACGUGACAUACUCAAAUCUAAGAUCGUUUACAUGGCCCGUAAUCCCAAGGACAUGAUAGUAUCAUGGUUCCAAUUCGUCGGGAAGAAUCCAGCAAUUCCACUGAAAAUGGAUACAGCGAUUGAGCAGUUUGUCGAUGGCAAAAUGCAAUGGGGCCCAUGGCCGGUGCACGUUCGUACCUUCUGGGAGCUUAGAGAACACAAGAAUAUCUUUUUUCUUUUCUACGAGGAUCUGAAGAAGGAACCCGCAAAAUACAUCGAGAAAAUCGCCAAUCAUAUUGGUCACCCUCUGUCGGAGGAGAAUCUACAAAAAGUGGUAAAGUUUAGCCAUAUUGACUCACAGAAAGCUACUUUCGGGAAAUUGGCGGAGAGUGGAAAAAUUAACUAUGUCAAAUACGGAGGCGAGUACGCCUUUCUAAAUAAAGGAGUGAAUUAUCGUUGGAAGCAAUUCUUCACUGUAGCACAGAACGAGGCCUUCGACGAAUGGUACCAAGAAAUGAUGGCGGAUACCGAUCUCAAAUUUACAUUUGAGUGAUUAACUAGAGAUGUGAGAGUAACGAUAGAGAUUAUGUUUACAUAUAGAAUCAAGUGUUUUAUUGAUCUCAUGAUCAAUAUAACAACAAACGAAAAAAAACAAUCACUAAAUUAAAUAAAGUCCGUGGCGGAGAGUCUAACAGAUAACUUGACAUUCAUACAGUUGUAGACAAUAAUUAACAUUCAAAAUGGUUUAAUUCAAAUUUUUUUUUUUUUAUGGUUAUGAAUUUUUCUUUUCUUUUUAGUGUAAUAAUAGUUAAUAUCCAAAUCUUUUUCCAUGUAUGUAUGAAAAGCAUUACAGUUUUUCUUUAUGUCUCGAUAAGAUAGAGAUUAAUAGUGAAUCGAAUCAAUUUACACUUGGAAUAAAUAUUUAGGGGACCUUUCCAUUAAACUAGUUUUCGGUUACAGAUCCUUCGAUAACAGUUCGAUGGUACAUCAUCUAUCGGCCAAUCACGUGACCGUGUUCUUAUAUUGCUGUUGCUCAUGUGGCAAACCUAUGGCUAUCUUUUCCGCACUGAUUCAUUCCAAUUCUCAUGGGCUCUAUAUACAUGAUAUAAGGAAAAUAAAACUGAAUUAUAAUUGCUUAAAAGGCAAUAUCAAAAUAACAAAGAAUAUGGUAACGACCCACCCUAGUUACAAAGAUAGUUGUAAGGAAGACCCGGUACCACGCAGAUUACAACUUUGAAUAGAUGCAAUUUAAUAACGUUAGAUUACCAGUAUAUAAAAAGGCAAAUUACACAUAUUUUUUGCCACAUUUCAUGAAACUCCUUCUCGUUCCCUUCCUGUGUGGUCUCUAAUAACCUAAUGAUUGACAUCAUUAAUUGGUCGAAAAUUUGUAUUAUUACAAAAUUUGACAGCAUAUCAUUUGGCCGUCGCACGGAUUUAAAAUCUUUCAAAUUAUACUUGAUGGAUGGUGAGAAACAACAUUACUGGACACCUACAUGACGUAUGCAAGGCUGCAAUUAGAAGAGCUCACAGAAAAAGAAGCGUUUAUCGAAGCGCCUAAAUGAAGGGUUCUUGGUUAUAUUCAUAUGACCAUCAAUCAUGUAUUAAGGAGAUGAAUUCUGAAUUGGCUAAUGCAACUCGGGAUCAUUUAGGUAAUUGCGGCGAAUCACAUCGCAUACAAUCUCGUAAUGAUUGAUCUUACAUGAGAGUAAUGAUGAAAAUAAUGAGCCCCAGCAUUUUAUAUUGAAGAUGAUAAUCAGAAGAACUUGAUGAUUUAACGAUACUUUGGCAAUAAUCGUUAUCAUAACUAUCAUCAUCACCUUUACCAUCACCACUGCCAUCAAUAUUGACCGAGAAUAUAUUAUUGAUUGGUCUGUUUCUCAAACCUUUUUUUAUUCCUUUCUACAUAAUGAAGUGAAUCAUAACGAAGUACAUUUUAAAUAUCAAGUGCAGACAAUGUGAAUUAAUUUCUGAAGAGUUUACAGGGGGUGUAUUAUAUAGGUCUGGUAGUUUAGAUUAGAUUACAAUUACUACCAGAGUACAUUGCAACAUUUUUACACCAUAUAUAUGCAGAUAAAGAAAUCUAGCAUCAUAUUAUUGUAGUAAGCCAUAACUGUUAUAACAGGAAGCAAGAUGAAUUAAAAAUAAAUAUUACAUAGCUUAUGUAGGUUCGAAUCAGUGAUAGGUCAAUACGCCAUCACGUGAUCAUAGCUGCGAGGAUCGCAUUUGGUAUAUUCGAUGUUUUGACGUCACCUCAGUGAAUAUAACUGCGUUGUCAGGCCCCCGAAGCUACCGCCAUUUCGUUUAAUCCAUUAGAAGCUAAAAUAAGCCCUCAUUUUGUACGUGUAUUAGACAAUACGCACAUCAGCUCUUGCUUUUGCAUAUAUUUUUCCAGUAAUAUGAUUAUUAGAUGUGGCCAAUCAUUUUUGUAUAAUACACAGACCUUUGACAUACAAUGGCAUCAAAGACUUCCCGCCACAUUAUCUAUCAAUAUCCUAAAAGGGUGAUAAGGAUCCUAAUCAAAGAUAAUGAUCGGCUGAAAUCUACCACGUUAUCAGAUAUUACAGCCAAAAGGGUUAUUGAGGCUUACAGCUCAACAACCUUGCUUUAGUACAUAUUUUUUCAGUGAAAUUAUUAUUCAAUCUUGAUCAUUUGGUUUCUAUUAUAUUGCGUUUAUUAUACACAUACCUUACAUAACUGAAGAGCAGUGGCACAAUAGAGUGCCACUGGAAUGAACUUUCCGCCACAUGUCUCAAUAAUUCUACGACGUUUUAUUCCCGAAAUUGGGUCGAACGCCCCUGGGAAUAAAACGUAGUAGAAUUUUACGUUAUUAUUGAGACAUGGAAUAUCUUACUGUGUAAUGUUUUAAAUCAUCGUACGAAUGAUUAUUCUCAUGUUAUUACCUAAAUUUUAUGUUAUUACCUAAAUUAUCAUGUUAUUACCUAAAUGUUCAAACCUGCUAUCAUACUUGUUACAAUAAAAUAAUUUUAUAUCUAGUCGUAAUGACGUCAUAGCAAUCGUACGAUUGGCUACUAUUUGGAGCUAAUUUGGCAUUUACUCUAAAAUAAAGGCUUGCAAUCAUCCAAAUAUUGGUGCUCUUUCAGUUAAUUUGAACCUCAAAUAAAAAGAUACUUUUCAUUCAGAUUUUCAAUAAAAUGAACAAAGUUCGAAUUGUUCCAUAAUCGGAUCGUGGAUCAGUCGUUAGGUGUGCGAUGGCCUUAAGAUUUGUUCCAAAUUUAUCCCAUGCAUGAAAUUCUUACUUAAGCCCUCCAUGAUGUUUAUUUGUAUAAUGGUGAUUUUGGAGCAUUAGUAUUUGUGUUUAAUAUGGAAAUAAAUACAAACAAAUAAACCCUUCUUUUUAUGUGAACCAUUUUUCCCAAGAAGACUGGCUAAAAUCAAAAGCAGCAUGUUCCGAUUUUUUAAAGGGUGCUUUGGGCUGAAAUAAUUAUAUCUAAAUAAAUAGAGCAACACGCUGAUAUUUUCAUCGAAAUCGGACAAGGAAUAACAAAUUUAUGACAUAUCAAAUAUUUGUAUUAUUUCGGUGACACAGUUUUAUGCAUGUCUUCAUGAAUAUGCACUUCGGAAGUUGAUGAUGUCAUGUCCCCACUUCAAUUUUCUCAUGUUAUUACAUGAAAUCAUAAUUAUGUCAUAAUUUCAUACAAGAGUGCAUGAUAGAUUUGCUCUGUAACAAAAUGAGUUGCAGCAAUUG